UACUGUCUGAGCUACAUUGCAAAAAUUAAACUCCCAAAGAAGAGGGGUACUUUCAUUGAAUUCCGAAAUGGAAUGUUAAAUGUGUCCCCUAUUGGGAGAAGCUGCAGCCAAGAAGAACGCAUUGAGUUCUACGAACUCGAUAAAAAAGAAAAUAUAAGACAAAAGUUUGUAGUAGAUCUACAGAAAGAGUUCACGGGAAAAGGCCUCACAUUUUCCAUAGGAGGCCAGAUCAGCUUUGACGUCUUUCCUGAUGGAUGGGACAAGAGAUACUGCCUGCGACAUGUGGAAAAUGAUGGUUAUAGGACCAUUCAUUUCUUUGGAGACAAAACCAUGCCAGGUGGCAAUGACCAUGAGAUCUUCACAGACCCUAGGACCGUGGGCCACUCCGUGACAGCGCCUGAGGACACACGCAGGAUCUGCGAACAGCUCUUCUGAUGCCGGAGCAGGAGUGGGGGGCUCCUGGCUGACAA